GAAAGAGGAACACACACACACGCACACAUAUAUAUUCAGACACACAUACCAGAGAGGAAGCUAGUCCAGUUCCAGUCCCACAGCCGGAGUGGAGGGAAACCUAACCAGCAUUCGAACUCCGGAUUGACACCUGGUUUCUCGUUCCACCGGAGGGGGUUUUGUUUUUGUUGCAGAAAGGAGCCAGUUCCUGGGAUUUCUACCCCUGCGUUUAUUUGGGAAUCUGCCGCUGGGAGCCGGGCACAGGGACAGGAGCAAAGCGAUCUUUGGGACAGUGUUAGACCCGGCGAUGGCAGCUUUCCCCAGCAUUGGCACUGCGCUCUUUCUGCUGUUAGUUCCCCAGGUUUCUGCUAGCGGUACAUUCGAGUUGAGGAUCGGACAAUUUGAGAACUCUGGCGCUCUGUUAGCUGCUGGGAACCGCUGUGUGCCUGAGUGUCGAACCUUCUUUCGGGUGUGUCUGAAACAUUUCCAGAAGGUGGUGUCCCCGGAGCCGUGCACCUAUGGCAAUGUGCUGACCCCGCUGCUGGGCACAAACUCGUUCACUGUGCCGGACAGCCAGGCUCCGCUCAGAAUCAACUUCACCUUCAAAUGGCCGGGAACUUUCUCUCUGAUCAUUGAAGCCUGGAAUUCUGCCUCGAAUCUGCCGAGUCCCAAUGUGACCAGCCCUGAGACAUUGAUCAGUCGCUUUGCCAUCCAGAGGCACCAGUCAGUGGGCACAGCCUGGGCCCAGGAUUCCCUGCAAGGGGAGCACACUCAGUUGCACUACUCAUACCGGGUGGUAUGCAGCCAACACUACUACGGAGAGGGAUGCUCUGACUACUGCCGGCCCCGGAACGACACCUUCGGGCACUACACCUGCGGCAAGGAGGGGCAGAGGCACUGCCUGCCGGGCUGGCAGAAUGAAUACUGCUCACAACCGAUUUGCCAGGCUGGAUGCAGCUUGGAUCAUGGCUACUGUGACCAACCAGGCGAGUGCAAGUGCCACUACGGAUGGCAGGGCCCGUUGUGUGAUCAUUGCAUGCACUAUCCCGGUUGUCUACAUGGAACCUGCCAACAGCCCUUUCAGUGUACCUGCAAGGAAGGCUGGGGCGGUCUCUUCUGUAAUCAGGACCUCAACUACUGCACUCACAACAGACCGUGCCUGAACAACGCCACCUGUACCAACACCGGGCAGGGCAGCUAUACCUGUACCUGCCAGCCCGGGUACACCGGUACCAACUGUCAAUCGGCCCUUCGCCAAUGUGACAGCAGCCCCUGCCGCAACGGGGGUACCUGCACGGAACUGGAAGACUCAUACAGGUGCUCCUGCCUCCCCGGCUUCUUUGGAGAACACUGCGAGGACAGCACCCUCACCUGCGCUGACUCACCCUGUUUCAAUGGUGGGUCCUGCAUCGAGAGAUCACAGGGCACUCCCUACAGCUGUAUCUGCCCACUGGGCUUCACCGGCUUAAACUGUGAGCAGAAAGUGGGCUGGUGCACCAGGAACCUGUGUGCAAAUGGAGGCCAAUGCUUAGAUCUGGGGCUGUCGAGAAUGUGCCGUUGUCAGGCCGGCUUUGCUGGGCAAAGGUGUGAGAUCAACGUGAAUGACUGCGCCAGGAGCCCAUGUGCCAACGGGGCCACCUGCAUCGACCAGAUCAACAACUACACGUGUACGUGCGCCGCUGGCUUCUCAGGCCGGGACUGCGACCAACCGUUGGGGAGCGAGUGUGACUCCAGGCCGUGCCACAAUGGCGGGAAAUGCCACGCUGGCGUGCACGGUCAAAGCUUUGUGUGUCAGUGCCCCGUCAACUUCAUGGGGUCCCUUUGUGAGAUUCCUGUGUUUUCCAUCCCGUUGCAGAAACGCCAGCAGCCCCCGAGCCCCUUCCCCUGGGUCGCCGUGUCUCUGGCCUUCGGGCUGAUGGCUUUCGUCAUGCUGCUGUGUGUCCUAGCUAUUGCCCUGAGGCAUGUGCAGAGGCCCAGCGGAAGGCAGCACCACGACACAGAGACGAUGAACAACCUGACUGAGUCCCAGAGGGACAAUCUGAUCGUGGAAUCACAGCUCAAGUUGACCAACAAGAAGGUUGACCUGGAUUCAGACUGCAUCGUGGAGAAAACCAAUUACAAAGACAGGAACUUUGCCCUGGAUUGGAAUUUAGCUGCAGGCCUCAAGCCUGAUCUGACUCAAGACCUGAAAUGCCAUAAAAACCACAACCACAGAAGAGAGGAAAGUUUGCCCCUCAGAAACCCGUGCCAUCAAAAGCCUGACGGCAGAAUAUCCACGGUAUCGAGUGCCCGGGGCCUGAUGUACCAACCCGUGUACUGCCCUAGUGAGGGCAGGGUGCACGAUAUUGUCACUGAGGUUUAAUUGCUUGAAGCGGAAGAGCUGAGAGUCUGUCGGGACCCUCCCACCCUGUCUGUUCACCCAAAGUGGAAUUUGCCGUCUUAUUUAUUCGCCACUGGCUACCGGGAUCCCCCCCCAGGAGCUGAGGAGUGGAGCCUGUGUGUUGUCCGUGAGGGGUUGGCGUUCUGCCUCUCGGAUUCUCUGCGCGGCCUGGCGACAAACUUCACCAACCCUUCGGCCCAACGGGCGGCUGCUAGUGGGAGAAAGAGAGAGAGAGAGCGGGAGAUUUACUGGGAGGCCGCUGUCGCAGACAGAAUGAAGCUCCCGAGGAUGCACCCAAGGCUGAGGGGUGCUACAUGAAUUCACACCGCUGUUCGCACUGCAGAUGCUGCUGUAUUUGUGAAGACAGACAGACAGACAGACUCGGGAACCUGAUGCACGGUCCGGCCUCUAUUUAUUAUGUCAGAACAGGGGUGGUGGGUGAAUUUUUUUUUACCAGGACCGCCCUUAACUCUGAGGUACCCACCCACUCGCUCACUCACAUCAACUGCGAUAGGUUGGGACCUGGAUUGGAGAAAAGCCCCAGGCAGGGGCAUUUUGGACCGAGCCAGGAUCACAGAUCUACUCCCUUGACCCAGGGGCUCAAUUAACAUCUUCGCUUCAAGCAGACAGACAGACAGCAGGGUCUCAAAUACAGAUUAGCCCCAUGAUGGUCCCUUAAACGCAUUGAUAAUGUUAUUUUUGUUAAGGUUAGGUAUUUCAUAAUUAAUUUAAAUGUGAAGCACUGAACUUUAUACUUUUAUAUAAUUAUUUUGUAUAUAAUGUAUAUUUAUAAAUGUCUUCACAUGUAAAUACACUUAUCACUUUCACCCAUGGUUUUAACUUCUUGGCAAAGUUUGAAUUUAUUUUUUUGUCUAAUGAAAUCAUUUCCUGCUCCA